CCCAACAACAUCCAGCAAUUCCAGUUACCACUCCUCUGCCCCCUCUCCCGAGCCGGCGGCGGCAAAUGGGCGGGAGCCUCGCCCAGCUGCUCCUCUCAUGCCUCGCCGGCGACCGCCUCCGCCGCGUCCUACCGGCGGCGCACGCCCGCGCCGUCGUCUCGGCCCUCCUCCCGGACCUCUUCCUCGCCAACCUCCUACUCCGCGGGUACUCCAAGCUCGGCCGCCUCGGGGACGCCCGCCGCCUGUUCGACCGUAUGCCCGGCCGCAACCUCGUCUCCUGGGGCUCCGCCAUCUCCAUGUACGCGCAGCACGGCCGCGAGGACGACGCGCUCGCCCUCUUCGCCGCCUUCCGGGGUGCCGCCGCCAACAAUGACGGCGAGCCGCCAAACGAGUUCCUGCUCGCCAGCGCCCUCAGGGCCUGUGCGCAGUCGAGGGCGGCCCGCUUCGGCGAGCAGGUGCAUGGCAUCGCUGCGAAGCUCGGCCUGGACGCCAACGUCUUUGUCGGGACCGCGCUGGUCAACCUGUACGCCAAGGCUGGCCGCAUCGACGCGGCGAUGCUGGUCUUCGACGCCCUCCCGGCGAGGAACCCGGUCACCUGGACCGCGGUGAUCGCGGGGUACACUCAGGCUGGGCAGGCUGGGAUUGCCUUGGAGCUGUUUGGGAAGAUGGGGCUGGACGGCGUCCGGCCCGACAGGUUUGUGCUGGCGAGCGCUGCCAGUGCUUGCUCUGCGCUUGGGUUUGUAGAGGGCGGCAGGCAGAUACACGGCUAUGCGUACCGCACCGCGGCGGAGUCAGAUGCGUCGGUGGUCAAUGCGCUCAUCGAUCUGUACUGUAAGUGCUCCAGGCUCUCGUUGGCUCGCAGGCUGUUUGAUUCCAUGGAGAACCGUAAUCUUGUGUCUUGGACGACGAUGAUCGCUGGCUACAUGCAGAAUUCGCUCGAUGCUGAAGCAAUGUCCAUGUUCUGGCAGCUGAGCCGGGCUGGGUGGCAGCCGGAUGUUUUCGCUUGCACAAGCAUCUUGAACUCGUGUGGCUCUUUGGCAGCGAUAUGGCAAGGAAGGCAGGUACAUGCUCACGCCAUAAAGGCUGAUCUAGAGUCUGAUGAGUAUGUCAAGAAUGCUCUGAUUGACAUGUAUGCCAAAUGUGAGCAUCUCACAGAAGCAAGAGCGGUAUUUGAAGCCUUGGCAGAAGAUGAUGCGAUUUCUUACAAUGCAAUGAUCGAAGGAUAUGCAAGGCUGGGUGACCUUACAGGAGCAGUCGAAAUAUUCAGAAAGAUGAGAUAUUGCUCACUAAAGCCAAGCCUACUGACAUUUGUUUCGCUGCUUGGGGUGUCCUCAUCUCGGUCAGACCUUGAACUGAGCAAGCAGAUUCAUGGUCUCAUUGUCAAAUCAGGAACUUCAUUGGACCUAUAUGCAGGGAGUGCUCUGAUCGAUGUCUAUUCAAAGUUUUCCCUUGUGGACGAUGCGAAAGUUGUAUUCAGCCUGAUGCACAACAGGGACAUGGUAAUCUGGAAUGCUAUGAUUUUUGGCCUUGCACAGAAUGAGCGAGGGGAAGAGGCUGUGAAGCUCUUUAACCAGCUUCGUAUCUCUGGGCUAACACCUAAUGAGUUCACGUUUGUUGCACUGGUAGCCGUGGCAAGUACUCUGGCAAGCAUGUCUCAUGGACAGCAGUUUCAUGCCCAGAUCAUCAAAGAAGGUGCAGACAGUGACCCCCAUGUUUCAAAUGCUCUCAUAGACAUGUAUGCAAAGUGUGGCUUCAUCGAAGAAGGACUGCAGUUGUUUGAGUCAACAUCGGGAAAGGACGUCAUCUGUUGGAACUCGAUGAUUUUGACAUAUGCGCAGCACGGUCAUGCUGAGGAAGCUCUUCGUGUUUUUGGGAUGAUGGGAGGGGCUGGAGUAGAGCCGAACUAUGUGACAUUUGUCGCUGUCUUGUCAGCAUGUGCUCAUGCAGGCCUGGUGAAUGAAGGCUUACAGUAUUUUAACUCCAUGAACACAAAAUACACGGUUGAACCAGGAACCGAGCACUAUGCUUCUGUGGUCAACCUUUUUGGUCGUGCAGGCAAACUGCAUGCUGCCAAGGAGUUUAUUGAAAGGAUGCCGAUUGAACCAGCUGCGGUUGUUUGGAGGAGCUUGCUGAGUGCCUGCCAUCUGUUUGGUAAUGUUGAAAUCGGGACGUAUGCCGCUGAAAUGGCACUCUUGGCGGAUCCUAUGGACAGUGGCCCCUCUGUUCUUAUGUCAAAUAUUUAUGCCUCUAAAGGACUGUGGGCUGAUGCACAGAAGUUGAGACAGGGGAUGGACUGUGCUGGCGUUGCGAAGGAAGCAGGAUAUAGCUUGAAGGGGGUUCAUACAUUCUUCACAAGAGGACGAGAACACACAGAGGCAGAAGUGGUACAUGCAGUACUGGAUGAGCUGACAAGCCUACUUAAAAAUUCUGGGUAUCUCCCUGAUACCUCUGAAUUUACUUUGCUUGAUGAGAAUGGUUGAUGGUACUUACUGAAUGAUAACUACAUAGUUUUCAGUUUGUAGACAGAUGGUCUUGGAUGAACUUUUCUAGCCACGUCUCCACGCACAACUAAUACUGGGAGGAUGAUGCUUUGAUAUAGUAGUUCUGGCUGUCUUCUUUGAUAACUUUAGUGUGUUUUACAACAGCUUGUCCAAUGACUAUCUGGCUAGUUACUACUUACUGAAAGAGAUCAGAGUUGGAAUGA